UCAGUAACAAAUGAAAACAAACCUUUGUCAGAGGAAAUGACGGUUUUGACCAGAUGAGAAAUUGGGCUGUUACCUUAGUAACUAACCGGCUGCAAGAAACACACACUCACAAUCAAGUAGUGAGAGCAGGAGACGGCAUGGAAGAGCUCGAUUUGCUGUUGGAAGAGCUGGCCCUGAAUUCAGCUGGUUCAGAAAGUGUUGAUGAGAACAGGAGCAACGAUCCAGCAGUUGGAGGGGUGCCAGGUGUGGUUUAUGCUGGACUUGAAACCAAAAAAGAAAAAGGCACAGUCUGCUCAAAUGUCUACAGUGAUCUGCCAGCUCCUGUGGCAGCUUCCCCGAACCCCAGCUCGCCCACUAGGGAGCUGGACUCCAUCUUGCAGGAUCUGAUGGGUCUGGCAGAAGGGGAUCCAGGGUCUUCAACGACCCCUCCACCACUUACACUUAAGAAGUCUGUGAAAAGGACAACAGAAGGUGGUCAACAGGAGAACAUGGAGAGCAGCAGCAGCACAGCAGGUUCAGAUGCAAAGGCCUCGACCACAAGUAGGAAAACAGAUACUAUAGAUGCCCUGCUAGGAGGGCUGAGCUCUGACUUGGAGAAGAUUGGCGUACACACCACGGCCAAGGGCCACUGUGCUUCUUGCAACAAAUGCAUUGUGGGAAAGAUGAUCACAGCACUGGGUGAAGUGUGGCACCCUGAACACUUUGUGUGUGUGGCAUGUAAGAUGGAGCUGAGCACCACAGGCUUCUUUGAGAGAGACGGACAGCCGUACUGUGACAAAGACUACCAACAGCUCUUCUCUCCUCGUUGUGCCUAUUGCAAGGGGCCCAUUGUGCAGAACAUCCUGACAGCUCUGGACCAGACCUGGCACCCCGAACACUUCUUCUGUACACACUGUGGAGGCCUGUUUGGACCUGAAGGUUUCCUUGAAAAGGACGGGAAGCCAUAUUGUUGCAGGGACUUCUACCACCUCUUUGCUCCCAAGUGCUCAGGCUGUGGGGAGUCAGUGAGGGAGAACUACCUGACUGCGGCCAAUGGCACCUGGCAUCCAGAGUGCUUCGUCUGCGCAGACUGCCUGAAGCCCUUCACUGAUGGCUGUUUCAUGGAGUUGGAUGGUCGACCCCUCUGCUCCAUUCACUUCCACUCUCGGCAGGGCACCCUCUGUGGUGGCUGUGGUGAGCCCAUCACGGGCCGCUGCAUCUCUGCUCUCGAUCGCAAGUUUCACCCUGAGCACUUUGUGUGUGCCUUCUGUCUGCGGCAGCUCAGCCAAGGCAUUUUUAAGGAGCAGAAAGGGAAGCCAUACUGCUCGUCUUGCUUUGACAAGCUCUUUGUGUGAGGCACAUUGAACGUCACUUACAAAUAUGUGUUUGCAUUGGUACAGAUGAGCAAUACUUCAUGGGUACCUGAGGUACAUUUUAAGUGAUUUUGAAAAUGAAUAUGAUGGAUUACAAAUUAAGAGUGUGUAACAUAAAUUGUGACAUAAAUUAUUAAUAGACGAUGUAAAAAUAUCAAGGGAAAAAUGCUAAUUUUGUAAUAUAAUUAAUAACAUGGUUGUAAAACCAAAGGAAAACACCCGUUUCCCAUGAUAAAACUUAUUACAUAUUUGAGCUUUGGAGGGCUCUAAUAGGUGUGUUGCUGACACUUGAGCUAAAUUAUAUGGGAUUUCAUAUAUCAUGAUCACAUAAAAUUUAUAAAUGGAGAAAGAAAAACACAGAGGUGCAGUUUUAAUCCAUGGUUUCCAUUAAGCUAUCCUCAGUUUGCCAUAAGACUUGGCAGUCCGGAGAUACUCUGGCAGUAUGGAGCAGUUCAUCAAGGGGCUUGUCUAUGUGGCCUGAUAGCUUGUAUUGGCAGUGACUGGCAUGGAAUCGGCGUGCCAACCUGAGUUUCCUCUUACUCUGACUUACCAUUUGGCCCCUGGCAUGCAUUGGAUUCAAACAACCUCUUCAUUCUCCACACAGGCUCCUUUAUAAAUGCCUAUAGAAGAUUAAUGAAGGUGGUAAGGGGAACAAAGGUGGUUUCAGAAGGAGCUCACAUCACUGCAUCUCUUCAGCAACUCACUUUGACUGUUGAGGGAUGAAUCAGCCACAAAGUGUUUUAGAGUAAAUUUAUUUUUGGUGAAACAGGAUCAUGCCUGACGUACUUUUCUGUUCACUGAUGGUGUGGAUGAUAUGUCAAUGUGAGAUAUUUACAGCACAGGGUGUAGAGGAAAUGUUUUAUCUACUUCAAAUUUCAGCUUCUGUUAUCAGUUGUGCAGAUUCGUAUCUACCCUUUCUCGGGUGAAAAUGAUUCUGUCAUCUAUCGUAGUAAAUAUUUUAACUUAAGCUAUGCAUGAUUAAUGAUCACAUUAACAUUAUCUUCAUAUGCAUACUCCCUUUUUUGCUUGUCUUAUGUGUGACUUUACAGCAAGAUACACUGAUACCAAUGGACAGUAGGAAAUUAAUAAUUAAAGCUAAGGUAUUGGAAAUCUCUAA